GUUCUAGACUUAUAUUCAGCAUCAAAUAUUAGGUAUAUGAAUGUAAAAACCUUUGGUACAAAAAUGCUGUAAACUACUGUUUCCAAUCAAUGCUUGUUUAUUGUUUAUGGCCUUGCUUUGGCGUAACGACUAUUAGGUUUCUUAUCUAGAACUCAUACAAAGUCUUCACUAGCACUGACUAUAUAAAUGUGCCGUGUCUUUGAGCAAAAUUCUUCUUUAAAAUUUUUGAAUUUGGCUAGUUAAUUCUAAACUCUAAAUCACAUUAGAAUGAUAGGCAACAUGAAUCGCAAGUCACUUUUCAAAACAAUGAUUUUUAGAUCAAUUAAUAUCAAAAGGUACUCAAUAUCAUUUUUCGUCAAACAAUAGUGAAAUAACAAUCAGAUAAUAUACACAUGAUCUUGUGAUGAAUUGCAUGUUGAUUUGAGUAUCAUUUAUCUGAAUAUAAAUUGUGGGAUCAUGUUAUCGCAUCAGUACUUGUUAGUUCUAGUUAUUGAACGGACGUAACCAAAAUGAGUUUUGUUAAGAAAGUGGUACUUAUAACUGGAGGAAGUGCAGGCAUCGGUGCCACUACUGCAGAAUUAUUUGCCAAAGAAGGUGCUUCCGUAGCUAUAGUUGGUAGAAACGAAGCUAAACUAAGUGCAGUUGCUCAACGUUGUCAGAAAUUGGGAGUUUCUACCCUUACCAUUAAGGCUGAUGUAGCUAAGGAUGAAGAAGCAGACGCUAUCGUCAAGAAAACAAUUGACAAAUUUGGAAGACUGGACGUCCUAGUCAACAAUGCAGGCAUAUUGCGAGAAGCUAAUAUUCUAUCAGACAAGUUCUUGGCAACAUACGAUGAAGUUAUGAACGUCAAUAUGCGAGGUACAGUCCGUAUUACUCACUUUGCUGCUCCUUAUAUCAUCAAAACCAAAGGAAAUAUAGUGAAUGUAUCAAGUAUUGCUGGAAAAUGCACGGCACGACCAGAUAACAUAGCAUACAGGACGUCAAAGGCUGCUAUGACUCAUUUUACCCGUUGCGUUGCUUUAGAGAUGGCUCCUCAUGGAGUAAGAGUCAAUUCUGUGAGUCCUGGACCAGUGAAAACAGAUAUUUUCGACGGAUUGGAAGUAACUGAAGAUGCUCUGACGAAUAUGACUGCACUGCAUAGAUUGUCAGAGACAAGCGAAAUUGCAGAUAUGAUUGUGUAUGUAGCUAGUGAUAAGGCGAAGGGUACUACUGGUUCCGAUUAUGUAGUAGAUAACGGCUCUUUAUUGAGGUAACCUUGGAUGCAUGCAUGUUUAACUAAACAAAAUUGUAUCUUAUUCAUUGCACAUUGUGUCAGUAUAAUAAAAGUAUGAUUCAAGAUAAAAA